AGCCCCUACACGACCAACACGAGCGUAUCCACCUGAAGCAACCACUCGCCGCACGCGCAGAAACACCGCAACCCACAAGUGCAUCUCCGUCGCCAACAUGCCGCAAGCACAGCCCGAGCUCAAGAAGUAUCUCGAGAAGCGCGUCCUCGUGCAGCUCAAUGGCAGCCGUAAAGUCAUGGGUAUCCUCCGUGGGUACGAUGUCUACUUGAACAUUGUGCUGGACGAUGCGCUGGAGGAGAAGGCCGGCGGUGAGAAGGUCCGCAUCGGCAUGGUUGUCAUUCGAGGAAAUGCCGUGGUCAUGCUCGAAGCACUCGACCGAAUCAACCAGGACGUGCCCAAGAUCGGACGAUAAGAACUUGUCGCGACCGCAAAACGCCACACAGAAACGCCGUUGAACCGGACCGUGACAAGAGCAAGGCGACAGGACAGAUUAUGGAGACGAUUACAUAGCACAUUAGGCCUUUGAGGGAGUGGUGAUAGACGGGCAUACUUCAUUAGGCCCUUUCCACUGCCCUCCGUGUCCGGUGCACUUUACGUCUACCGAGGACAUUUUUUUUCUUGCGGAACGUCGAUGUGGACAUGGUCGAUAUCCACCGUACGACAUAGUACCCCAUGAUACCACACUGAGCAUCACUUCAUUCAGCAUUUGGGAGGGCAUACAUGGUUGGAUCUGAGCAAAAAAUGGUCAAUGUAUGAAAACAAGCGCCAAGGGUUCUUAUAGCCAUUACUAUCAUCAGCAUCAGAAUCAAGAAAUUCAACAGC